GUCACCUUUAUCUGCAUGUCUUUUGUAGUACUAGUUGUAUAAAACAUUUGGUCCUCAGCUCUAGCUCAUUGUUUUUGGCUUUAUCCCGAUGUAUUAUAAGCCUUAUGCCUUUAGGAUUUGUAAGAUUAGCAAAGUUGUUUCUAAAAUUGCGAUUUAUAAUGCAUUUUCUUUUAUCUUUUCUUUAAAAAUUACUAGAAAAUAGAAAUGGUUAUCGAACUAGGAAAACAAAUGUUGUUUAAGUCAUAUGAACUCAACUGAGGAAGCCUUAGAUUUGGGGUAGGGUUAUCGGUUUGCCAAUCAAAAAGAUUGACAUUUCUAUAGUCAAAGUUAGCUGUAAAGAAAGGGGAAAAUUGGAAACAAAAUUUCAAUUUGGACUUCUUGUUCUUCUCUUAAAAGACCUUACUAACCCAGCCAAAAUUCCGUCUUCAUAAGGAAGUGUUGUUUACCUGGACAAAAACCUUUUCCCAAAGGAGAAGGGUAGUAAGGUAUUUUUGUCACAUGCAAUCCUUUUGAUUGGCUAACUAGCUGAUAUUCUGGGUUUCCACCAUAUAUACAUACAUAUAUAUAUAAGAACUGUCAAAUCGAAAUUCCUUGGCGUUCAUUAAAAGCUCUCGACGGGGAAAAAGAUUCGAGAACGAGAUUGCAGACGAACUGACUAAACUUGAAAAUGGGUUCUCUUUCUAAGGAUGCUAGGGAGGAAGUUAUACAGGCUUGGUACAUGGAUGAUAGUGAUGUGGACCAGAGACUUCCUCACCACCGUGAACCAAAGGAAUUUGUUUCACUGGAUAAACUUGCUGAGCUUGGAGUACUUAGCUGGCGACUGGAUGCUGAUAACUGGGAAAAUGAUGAAGAGUUGAAGAAAAUCCGCGAAGAACGCGGUUAUUCUUAUAUGGACUUCUGUGAGGUUUGCCCUGAAAAGUUACCGAACUAUGAGGAAAAGAUUAAAAGCUUCUUUGAAGAACAUCUUCACACUGAUGAGGAGAUCCGUUACUGUAUUGCUGGUUCUGGUUAUUUUGAUGUGAGGGAUAGUGAUGAAGCUUGGAUUCGCAUUUGGGUGAAGAAAGGUGCCAUGAUUGUGCUUCCUGCCGGAAUUUAUCAUCGGUUUACUCUUGAUUCUGACAACUACAUUAAGGCAAUGCGGCUCUUUGUUGGUGAACCGGUAUGGACCCCGUACAAUCGUCCACAUGAUCACCUUCCUGCCAGGAAAGGAUAUAUUGAAACUUUUGGAAAGAAAGAAGCUGCAAAUCAAGCAGUGAAUGCUGCUGCUUAGAAACUCCUCGAACAUCAAAACUGCUUGCUUGCUGAAGUUUGUAUUGUUAUUAUUAUCUACCAAAAUAAAAUAACGAAAUGGACUGCGGUUCUGUUCUUUCCAUAUGCGUUAUUUUGGUUGCAUAAUGACACUUGUAACAUAUAAUGGUUUUGUAAUAUAAAAUCUUCUAACUGUGUUUCUGGUGACACUUCCUUUUAAUAUGUCCAUAUAACCAAUGUGCUUGAUGACACUUGUCAUUGAUUUGGUUCUUGAACAUGUCGUAUUCACUGUAUGUUUCUUUUUUGCCUUCAAUGAUGAUGAUGGUGGUGGUGGUUUUCUUUCACCUUCUUGAAGCAAUAAUUCUUGCUUCCAACCACCAAUAGGAGAAGGGCUUUCCACAUUGAGAUAUGAUACCUUCCUGUCUUUUUCAGUCUCUGUUCCAAAACGUUUCAAAUUGCCCCCUUUGGAUAUAUGCUUUUGCCAAGAUCUUUGGUUCUAUUCUAACAUCAUCAUAUUUUUUUUUUCCAUUAGUUUAAUGUUUGGUGUCUCCACUCUACAUUGAUGAUCUGACAAAACAGUUUGAAUGGUUGGGUCUGUCAACACGUGUCCCCG